ACAAGUAUUUGAACGUGCUCAAAAAGCUGACAUUAAAAUAAAAAAUAAACUAAAUUAAAAGUUAGUAUUUCAACCAUGUCCACCUCCUGCUGCUCUCCGCAGUGGGAAUGUACUGAAGCCCGUGAAGGCAACACGUGGAGGAACAGGAAAUGAGAGCUUGUUGUGGACAGACACACUUUGCUUUGCUUUGCUCCGAGCACACGACCUUCUUCUUCUAGUCUCCACCAUGGACAACCUAGAGGAGGACCUGACGUGCUCCGUGUGCUACUCUCUGUUCUCUGACCCGCGAGUCUUGCCGUGCUCGCACACCUUCUGCAAGUCCUGCCUGGACAACCUGCUCCAGGUGUCCACCAACUACUCCAUCUGGCGUCCGCUCCGCCUGCCGCUAAAAUGCCCCCACUGCCGCAGCGUGAUGGAGCUGCCCCCGAUGGGCGUAGAGUCUCUGCCCACCAACGUAUCUCUGCGGGCCAUCAUUGAGAAAUACCAGAGCGACACUGUGCCGCGACCCCCUUCCUGUCAGGAGCACCACAGGCAGCCGCUCAACAUGUACUGCAUCCAGGACCGGCAGCUGAUCUGCGGGCUGUGUCUGACGGUCGGGCAGCACCAGGGCCAUCCCAUAGACGAUCUGCAGGCGGCGUUCAUCAGAGAAAAAGAGACUCCAUCGCUACUGCUGGCCAGACUCUCUGAGCAGAGAUGGGCACAGGUGUGUGAGCUGGGCGAGCAGCUGGAGCAGGAGAAGGCCCGCUGUGAGGGUCUGGUGCUGCAGGACCGACAGGAGGUCAACCAGUUUUUCCAGGCGCUGGAUGUGGUGCUGACCAGGAAGAGACACGCCUACCUGGAGGCCCUGGAUAAAGCCGGCGGAGAGGUGUCCCGCUUCUACGACCCACUCAUUCACAAAGUGAAGGAGCUACAGGAAGAGCAGCUGGACCUGGUGUCCCUGGGUUCAUCAGUAGAGGAGGAGGACUCGCCACUGGUCUUCCUGGAGCAGGUGCAUUUGUUCAGAGAGAGGGUGGAGGAGUUCAUUAAAAUCCCUCUGCCCUCGGUGGUAAACCUCUCCGUCACCCCGCGGGCAGCAGAGCACCUCCAGCAGCACUGGCCCGCCGUGACCAUCGGGAGCCUGGAGGAAGCACCCGUCCCUAAGGUGUGCUGCUGCGCCAGAUGUGGCGGCGUGGAGGCCGGCGUGGAAACCGAAGCCGGAAGGGAUCAGUCCCUGAUUCAGAACUUGUGGUUCGAGAUGCAGCCCACUUGUUCCGUGGUGCUGCUGGGGCUGCUGCUGCUGCUGGCGGCGCUGUGGGUCAACCCGGUCGGAGGGGCGUCGCUCGGCUUCUCUCUGCUCUCUCAGUUCAGUCAGCUGGUCCACGGCUUCAGCAGCGAACUGAUCACAUCUGUCUGGGACGCGGCGGGGUCGGCAUACGCAGUGACGGAGGACGCCGCGGGAAGAUGGAGCUCUCACCUCUCCUCAGCGGGUGCAAAGGCCUUCCAGCAGCUGGCUGCUUUAUUUAAAACUCUGACAACCCACUGAAACACCAAAACUGGAACCCUCAACUCGUAUUUAGAAGCUGAGAAAGCUUCACUUCCGCACUCCUGUAGUAAAGAAACAAAUCCACCUUAAAAUACCUUUUAAACACCUGCUAUUGUCCUGGAAAAAAUCAGGCAAUGAAUAAAUGAAUAUUUAAAGCAGGUUUAGGGAACAACAAAAUGAUCAAAUUAAUUGAAUUAUAACAAAUAACUUCAUCACCUUUAGCCUCACUUCAAAGAUUCCUAGUCGUUCAAUGCGGACCAGGGGAAAGCAUGAGAUAUGAUAUGAGAUAUGACUCGCACAGGAAAUUCAAAAUUCAAGUUAUUUCCAAAUUUGAGCAGUUUAUGUAGCCGUUCAUCUGUUUUGAAUUGUGUUAUUGUCAAAUGUUAUGUCCCUCUUUGGGGUGUGUUAUUCAAUGUUAUUACACGGCUUUGUCGAAUACCUG